AUUUUUUUUUGGGCCAACUUUCAAGUUUUUAUUAGGUUUAGGUCUCUUUUUUUCCUUUUAUAUAGAAUGUUAUUUUUUGUUUUUGGUGUACAACCGUGCGUUUUAUUUUGCCCGUUUUUCCGCUCUAUAUUUUAGGGCUUCUUUUUCAACUAUACAAGGAGAAAAAAAUCUAUCAUCAUUAAUUCUCCAUAUAUUUUUUCUUACCAUAUAUUGUAGGAUUCGUUUUAAAUAUUAUAAAUAUGAUAAUAUGAUAAUUAGAAAAAAAUAAACGAAAAGACAAUUUUGUCUACUGCAGAGACUUUUAAUGAAGGUAAAAAGUUUAAAUCACUUUUCUAAGGGUCUUCACACUUUUAAUAUAUUAUAGAUAUAGAUAUAGAUUAUAGAUAUAGAGAGAGUUUUUCCUGAAGUUAAUGAGUGCACGUACAACCCCAACCCAUCACGCGGGUCCACCUCUGAAACUACCACUAGAGCAAACCUCACUCGCAACUAUGUUAAGGACUUGCUCGCUCAUUUUGAUUGGAUAAUUGCAAAGUGAAAUUAAAUCAAUUUUGAGGGGAUUAUUGUCGAAUAAAAAGAAGGUAAAAAUUCACAAAUAAGCAAACUAUAAGACCUAUAACUAACUUCCUAGUGAAAGUUUCAAUAAUUACAAAUUAUAGGCAAAAGUAGUUAAUAGUUAUUUGUAUAUAUAACAUAAUUAUACAAAUCAGUAGAAAAAUAACUUAACUAAACAAGAGAUAAAAAGGAAAUUUGAAAGCAGUAAAAACCUUAAAUUACUCCAGCUUCCCACUAAUUACUCAUACAUUACUGAGCAUUAAAGCUCAUUAUCUGUGAUUUAAAGCAUGUAUUAAAUCUAAAAAAAUUAUUUUGGGAAGAUUAGAGAGAAGGAAGAGGACUAAUUCAACAAUCAUUUUUAUCAGAUUUUUUUUGAAAAAAAUGGGGCAGUUACCUAUUAUUCUAAAGCAUUCAGGCGUAUGGAACUGUUAUAAUGAGUAUGAACAGUACGAGUUGGACUCAAUUGCAAUUGAAGAAAUAGAAAAAUACAAUGGUUUGAUUCAAUUGAUUGGUAAGCAACUUUGUAUUGAGUUGAAUUCAAAAACAUUGAAAGUUGAAUAUAAAGUUGACUUUAGCAGUAGAAGAAUGGAGAUACAUAACGACAUGGGCUUGGCAGUUUAUGUAAUGGUGCUGAAAGAAGAAAAAGGAUUCAGAAACUAUCCUUUAUGUGUUUCUGUAUUUGAUAAAUCCAUGAAAAAGGAGAGUGAUUGCUCGAAUGUUGAAUGUGCUAUUUCUGUUGUUGAUGUGGAAGAAGGAAAUUCUGAAGAUCAUGGUGCUUUAGUUGAAGUUGUUGAUAUAAAUGGACAUGAUCAGACAAUUAUUUCUGAUCCAAAUCACAAUGAAGUGCUCGUUGGUCAAGUUUAUAAGGACAAAGCCACUUUAAAAUCAGUGAUGGCACUUUAUGCAAUCAGAAAUAGAUUCCAAUUCAAUACAAUACAAUCAAAUGCAGUCGGGACAUAUAUUUCUACUUGCUAAUGAAAUAUUGGAUUCUGAGAAUUAUGCAGCUUGGAGUUGGUUCUUUGAGCAGUUAAAAGAAGCUCAUGGUGUAAAACCAAAUAUGUGUGUUGUGUCCGACAGAAACGAGAGUAUUAUAAAGGUUGUGUCGACUGUGUAUGAUGGUGUUGUACAGUAUGCUUGCAUCUGGCAUCUACGGAAAAAUGUCGUAACCAAUUUCAGAAAGUUGCAUGCAAAAUUAGCUGAUGUGUUUAAAGCAUAUACAAUUUUUGAAUUUAACAGUCUAAUGAAGAAGGUCGAACAAAUAGAUGUUAGGGUGAAAGAGUACUUGCAGAAGGCUGGUUAUGACAAGUGGACUAGGGUGUAUGCUACUGUAAAUCGUGGUUUUAGACUCACAUCAAACAUUGCAGAAAUCAUAAAUAAGCAUCUAAAGGAAGCGACGGAAUUGCCUAUAUAUGAUUUCUUAGAGGAAGUUAGAAAGAUGUUUGGAAGAUGGAAUCGUAACAAUCGACAAGUUGGGACAUUUAUAUGCACCCUUAUUUGCCGGAGAUACAAUGAUCUUCUUGAGUUAAAUGAGGCCAAAAGCACACGAAUGAGGGUUGUACCUGCAACGGACUAUGUUUAUACCGGGCUACAUGAAAAUAGACGUUAUAUCAUUUGUUUGGAGAAGAAGACAUGUACUUGCCAAAGAUUUCAAAUUGAUAAAAUUCCGUGUGCUCAUGCUUAUGCAGUUUUAAAGAGCAAACAUUUUGAAGCUGAUGAUUACUGCUCUAACUUAUACAAGCCAGUAGCGAUGUUGGACACGUAUGAGAUUCCUUUAUUGCCACUGCCUGAUAGGUCUACAUGGGAGAUACCAGAUUUUAUAUUGAGUGAAAUUGUUCUACCACCCAAGUACACAUGCCCCCCCGGGAGGCCAAAGAAAAGAGAAAGACAAAAGUCUGUUGGAGAUUUUUACAAGACUGUAUCCACUAAUUCAUGCAGUGCUUGUGGGAUGAAUGGUCAUAAUAGGCGUUUGUGUAGGAAAAUACGUCGAGUUGAAUAAUUUUACACAUUUUAAUUUAUUUAUGUUUGUCUUUUUUUGAAUAUUUUCGGCAAUAGAAAUAAAAUAUCAGUUAUGACU